AUGGAGGCUGAGGCGAAGGCGCUCCUGGGCCCCAGCGGGACGGCCCUGCAGCUGCUGGGGAUGUGGCGGCCCCCCGGCUCGGCGCCAGCCGGCCCCUGGAUGCUGGCCGCGCUCUUCGUCGUCGCCACUGACGCGCUCGUGUCCGCCUCCAGCUUCGUCCAGCUCGUCGUCGACACCCCCACCGACCCGGAGACGCUGCGCGACGUCUUCUUCCAGUGCACAUGCAGCGGCGCUUGGGCCGUCAGGGCGGUGCUCUUCAUGCAGCAGAGAGAUCGCUUGGGACGUCUGGUAGUGACGCUGUUGGACACAAGGAAGAGAUACGUUGAGCAAGUUCCAGGAAUCAGGCGUAUCUAUGACCGGCGCGCUGCAACAGUCUUCAACGUCUGGCAGCUGCUGCCACUCACCGCCUUAUCGCUGUGGGCCCUGGAGCCGGUGACGGACACCCCGAAGCUGGUGACGGUGGGGAACUCCACGAUGGUGGUGCGCCGCGAGCCACUGGUCCUCUGGCUGCCGCUCGACACCCAGCAGUCGCCCGUCUACGAAAUCGUCUUCGCUCUGCAGGUCGUCGGCAUCGUCGCAGUGUCCGAAGCUAGCAUCCUGCUCGACAUCUUCCUCGCCUGCCUCGUGAUCCUCGUCACGGCGGAGAUAGCUGUUCUCAACAAGAACGUCUCCAGCAUACACAUGGCCAGACUGGAUGAGAAGUGCAGUCACCUUCAAGAAUCUGGAGACGUGACUGCUGUUGGUCGAGAGAAGGACAAAGGCGUGGUGCUGUUUCCGGGCAGUGAAGAGUGUGUCAAAUGGUCACCUGUAGUACCCGCACAUCUUCCUAACAACACACUUCUCUACGACCAGGAUGCAAAUAGACGACUGUAUGCCAGUUUAAAGACGAAUAUUCAGCAUCACCAGACCAUUAUACUAUGCGUGAACGAGCUGGAGCAAGUUAUGAGUAUGUCGACGUACAUCAUUCUGCUUGUGAACGCGCUUACCAUUUGUUUACACGCCUUUGGAUUUGUUGAGCUGUUUCAGGGAGGUGGGAAAGGAGGAGCCGUGGUGAAGAGGCUGAUGGCUUGCCCAGUCUACAUGGGUCAGACUGCCGUCUUCUGCCUCGUCGGACAAUCACUGACUGACCAUCCUUUCUGUGGUAGCUUCUCUUUUCUUGACGAGUACAACAGUGGUGAAAAUCAUUUGGGGUCUUUAAGAUAA